AUGGCGGAGGAGCUGCAGGACCUCAGAGAGCAAGUGCGACAGCUGCGAGAGGAUAAGAGGCGACUCCAGGAGGAGGUCGCGGCGCGGGCAGGAGCACAGCCGGCACAGUUGGGGUCUUCUGGGUCGGUCUUGGUGGAGCCCCUCACCUCGGAACAUGGGCUCCCAGAGGGGCUGUUGGUUUCCCCGGCACUGGUCAAGGUUAUCAGGGGCACUGUUUACAUCCCGGUGGUUAAUGUUGGUGUUACAUCAGCGGUGCUUCACCCUCGUCAACCCGUAGGGCUUCUGUCGCAAACAGAGGUUGCAGGUCUGCCACAGGGGGUUAGUGAAGUCAGGCCUAGACUGCCACGGGGAGUUGCCACAGUGAACUCUCAGGUUCAGGGGAGUAGCUCAGUGCAGGAACAAAUCAGGGCUCUGGAUUUGUCUGUUCUUUCAGAGGUGGAGCAGCAUAAAGUGAGGGCUCUGUUGCUGAGUCAUGAGCCGGUGUUUUCUGCAUACGAUGGUGACCUCGGCUGUACCGACCUAAUCACGCAUGACAUUCCGCUCCUUGAUGAUGUCCCGGUGCGGCAGAGUUAUAGGCGUAUUCCUCCGUCCGAGUAUGACACCGUUAAAGCCCACAUUCACCAGCUGUUAGAAACCCAGGUGAUAAGGGAGAGCUGUAGUCCGUAUGCUUCCCCUAUUGUGCUGGUGAAGAAAAAGGAUGGGACUCUGCGUCUUUGUGUGGACUAUCGGCAGUUAAACCGGAAGACCAGGAAGGAUGCCUUUCCACUCCCUCGCAUUGAGGAGUCCUUGGAUGCACUAUCGGGGGCAAAAUGGUUUUCUACAAUGGACUUGGCCAGCGGCUACAACCAGGUACCAGUGACAGAGGGUGACAAAGCAAAGACUGCUUUUUGCACCCCAUUUGGCUUGUUUGAAUUUAACCGAAUGCCAUUUGGGUUGUGCAAUGCACCAGGAACCUUUCAACGGCUGAUGGAGAGGAUGUUCGGGGUGCAGCACUGUCAGUCGUUACUGUUAUACCUGGACGACAUCAUUGUCUUCUCCUCCUGUGUUGAUGAGCACUUAAGCCGCUUGGACUCUGUUUUGAAUCGCCUGCAGCAGGAAGGACUGAAAGUUAAGCUGCAGAAGUGUUUUUUCUUUCAGAAGCAGGUUCGGUACUUGGGCCAUUUUAUCUCCCAGGAGGGAGUUUGCACAGAUCCAAGCAAGAUCUCUGCUGUUGCUGACUGGCCGCAUCCAACCAACGUUUCGGAGCUCAGAUCUUUCCUUGGUUUCGCCAGCUACUACCGACGUCUUGUGGAGGGUUUUGCAACGCUGGCUGCUCCCCUGUAUCGGUUGGUUUCUGAAUCAGCUGGAACAAAGAAACGGAGGGGACAAGGCCAGGGUUUGGAGGCUGGCUGGACCAAGGGUUGUGAGGAAAGUUUCCAGAAGUUGAAGUCCUGCCUGGUAAGCGCCCCCACCUUGGCAUUUGCUGACUUUUCUCUCCCCUUCAUCCUUGAGGUCGAUGCCAGCCAUAUGGGUCUAGGUGCGGUGCUGUCACAGGAGCAGGAUGGCAAAGUGAGACCUGUCGCCUAUGCCAGCCGAAGUUUGCACCCAGCCGAGAGGAACUAUAGCUCCAUGAAAUUGGAAUUCCUGGCCAUGAAGUGGGCGAUUACAGAGAAGUUCAGGGAAUAUCUGUGGGGCCAGACAUGUGUAGUUUGGACAGAUAACAAUCCCUUGAGCCACCUAGAGACCGCCAAGUUGGGUGCCACGGAGCAGCGAUGGGUUGCUGAGUUGUCUGCUUUCAACUACAGUGUCCGCUAUCGUCCAGGCCGCAUCAACAAGAAUGCAGAUGCCCUUUCCAGGCAGGCCAUGGUUGACACCCCCGACAGGCUCGGGUGGGUCCUCCCGGGUACAGCGGUGCCUGACGUCCUGCGGAAGUGGACAAAGCGGGGGAAGCAGCAGGUUGCAGUGCAGUCUGAAGUGACCGUCCUUCCCUCUCGUACCCCAGCAGAUCUGCAGGUUCUUCAGCAGUCAGACCCCACCAUUGGAGCCUUCCUCCACUUCUGGCGCCAGCGGAGGGAGCCCAGCCAGUCCGAGAAGCAGGAACUGAGCCCUCAGGUGCGGGGGCUGGCCCGUCAGUGGGGUCGAAUUGUGGAGGCUGGAGGUCUCCUGUAUCGUCGGCUGUUUCGUCCGGAUGGUGGGGAGGAGGUUCAUCAGCUUCUUCUGCCGGAGAGCCUCAAAGAGGAAGUGUUGAUGCAGCUUCAUCAGAACCACGGGCAUCAAGGCAUUGAGUGGACCACCGAGUUGGUGAGGCAGAGGUGCUACUGGCCGGGGAUGGGCCACGAGGUGAAGGAGUGGUGUCAGCGUUGUGAGCGGUGUGCCCUUGCUAAAUGCACACAGCCGAGGGUCAGAGCACCCAUGGGUCAUCUACUAGCUGCUAAACCCAACCAAGUGCUGGCCAUUGACUUCACUCUACUGGAGCCAUCCCGAGAUGGAAAAGAGCUUGUGCUGGUGAUGACCGAUGUCUUUUCCAAGUUCACUCAGGCGAUACCAACUCGAGACCAGAGGGCAGCGACGGUGGGGGACGUUCUGGUGAAGGAAUGGUUUUACCGUUACGGAGUUCCAGCCCGCAUUCACUCUGACCAGGGGAGGAAUUUUGAGAGUGCCUUGGUUGAGCAGCUGUGUGCGUUGUACGGAGUGAAGAAGACCCGAACUACACCCUAUCAUCCACAGGGAAAUGGUCAGUGCGAAAAGUUUAACCGAACGUUGCAUAACCUUUUGCGCACCCUCCCUCCAGAUCAGAAGUGCCACUGGCCCAAGCAUCUCCCCCAGCUGGUCUUCAACUACAACUGUACUGCUCACCAGUCGACGGGUGAGUCCCCACAUUCCCUCAUGUUUGGCCAGGAGCCUAACUUACCGGUGGACUUGCUUGGUCAUCUUCCUGAGCCCUCUGAGGGAAGAGUGUGUGACUGGGUGGCGGAGCAUCGCCAGCGGUUGGACGUGGCAUUCAGGACUGCCAAGGACCAGAUGCGGGCAGCAGCCAAGCGGCGAAAGGAGAGACACGACCAAAGGGUGUUGGAUCAGCCAUUGGCAGCAGGCCAAAGGGUGUAUCUGCGGGACCAUACAGCUCGUGACCGUAGCAAGAUCCAUGAUGCUUGGGGGUCCACCGUCUUUGAGGUGGUGAAGCCGCCGGAGCCAGGCGGGGUGGUGUAUUCGGUCGCCCCAGUUCAGGACCGGUCUCGGGUGAAGCAGGUGCACCGGACAAUGUUGAAGCCGGCCCUGCCUUGUUCACCUGUGCAGAUGCGGUCCAAGUUCCUGCAGUCACCGGAAGUGGCAUCAAGGUCGCAAAGUGAGGAGGAGGAUGAUGUGGACGAUGGAGUAUGGGUGGUGUUACCGGCACCCACAGGUGAUCAGUCCACCCCAGCUCACUCAGCACCCGCACGACAAGCGCUCCUGGAGCAGCAGCCUGAGCCCAUGCAUGUCCAGACCGAUGUCCAGCACGUCAUCGUCGUCAUGAUGGGCCACCAGACCAAAGGGCUGGUCAGCCAGCUCGGAGGACCCAGGGUUGAACCUGGCUGCUUCCUCCACUUGCUCCAUAUGGUCUGCCCGGCUAGUAGCGGGGACUUCGACCUGGAGCUCCUCCCCCUGGUCAUCUCUGACGACAUCCACAUCUUAGACCUUCAAAUCCAGGACAUAGGCAUUUCAGACCACCACGCAGUCACCCUCAGGAUCCCUCUCCCCUCCACCCUCGCCAAACCACAACGCCUCAUCUCCUUCAGGAACCUCAGGAAAAUUGACUCCACCUCCCUCAAUCAACAUCUGCAGCUCCUUUCUCCUCCUCCUGGACACUGUGGCCGCCGCAAGGACAGCGCCUCGUUCAACUACAGGGAGGGUUUGAUAAAUGUCAUGCCGCUGACGUUCGACCUCUUCGAGAGGACCCAGCGAUACCGCCGCAUCCCGCCUUCAGAGUAUGAACUAGUGAAGGAACACAUUAACCAGUUGCUCAGGGCACAGAUCAUCAGGGAGAGUUCAAGCCCGUACGCGUCCCCUAUCGUGUUAGUCCGCAAGAAAGACGGCAGUUUGCGUCUCUGCGUUGACUAUCGCCAGCUUAAUGCCAAGACACAUGACAUUGUGGUGUUUUCGUCUAGUAUUGAACAGCAUCUGGAGAGGCUAGAUCAGGUGUUGGGUAGGCUACACAAUGAAGGGCUGAAAGUUAAGCUUGCAAAGUGCAGCUUUUUCCAGCGUCAAGUUAGUUACUUGGGCCAUGUAAUUUCUUGCGAGGGCGUGGCCCCCGACCCUGGGAAAAUUGAGGCGGUUGCAAACUGGCCAGUCCCCACCAAUGUCUCUGAGCUUCGCUCGUUUCUGGGGUUUGCAAGCUAUUACCGACGAUUUGUUGAUGGAUUCGCGAAAUUGGCUGCCCCGUUGCACCGCAGGGUUGCUGAACAUUCUGGGAAGUCUAAAAAGAAAUCCCCUCCGGGCAGUGUUGAUUUCUGGGGUGAUGACUGCCAGGAAAGCUUUGACGCCCUGAAGGCAAAGCUCAUCAGCACCCCGGUCCUCGCGUAUGCUGACUUUUCAUUGCCCUUCAUCUUGGAGGUAGACGCAAGUCACCUCGGCCUGGGGGCGGUGCUCUCUCAAGAGCAGGCAGGCAAGGUGAGACCCAUUGCCUAUGCGAGUCGUGGUCUCAGGCCCCCUGAGCGCAAUAUGUCCAACUAUAGUUCUAUGAAAUUAGAACUGUUGGCGCUCAAGUGGGCCAUGACAGACAAGUUUAGGGAAUACUUGCUUGGUCAAAAGUGUGUUGUCUUCACCGAUAAUAAUCCGUUAAGCCAUCUGGCCACUGCAAAACUCGGGGCGGUUGAGCAACGCUGGGCGUCCCAGUUAGGCCGUAACUUUGAGAGUGCACUCAUCCAGCAGUUGUGCAACAUGUAUGGGAUUGUGAAGUCUCGCACUACGCUGUAUCAUCCUGCUGGCAAUGGCCAGUGCGAACGUUUCAACCGGACGCUUCAUAAUUUGCUGCAUGCACUGCCCACGUCCCGUAAGAGGGACUGGUGUUCAUGCCUGCCUCAGGUGCUCUACGCGUAUAAUACGACUCCUCACCAGUCAACAGGCGAGUCGCCAUUUUUCCUAAUGUUUGGGCAGGAACCACGUCUUCCGAUUGACUUCCUGCUGGGUCAAGUGCCAGACCCGGUGGAGGGAAGCAUUCAUGAGUGGGUGCGGGAGCACCAAGCUCGCCUUCAAAUGGCCUUUGACGGAGCACAAGAGAAGUUGCGUUUAGCUGCCGCCCGCAGAAAGGCCAACCAUGAUCAGCAUGUGCGAGAAGCCCCUCUUAAGGAGGGCCAGCUUGUGCUGUUGCGCAACUACGGCAUCAGAGGCCGUCAAAAGACCCAUGACCUGUGGUGUCCGGAGACCCAUGUGGUUGUUCAAAUCCCAUCUGAGGAUGGGACCGUGUACGCUGUGGCCCCAGUGGGUCAAGAGAACAAAGUUAAAAAGGUGCAUCGUUCUCUGCUGAAGGCCCUGGCUCCACAGCCAACAGCUUCGGGUCCAUCAUCCCCGCCGGUCACUGUUGCUCCACCACCUGUUCAGUGUGGCCGCCGCAAGGACAGCGCCUCGUUCAACUACAGGGAGGGUUUGAUUUUAAGGUUUCUACCCCCCUUUGGUUCUCCCCCUCCCCAGUCACGGUUAAGCCCCAGCUCCUAG